AUGGCGGGAAACUUCCCCCACGACGAAACUGAGACGCACUCAGCAGCGUCGCAAUCCUCGUCCCGUCGCAAAAACAAUGACAACGACGACCUACCUCAGCCCUUCGACGCCAAAAAGUUGGCGCCGGCCAAGAAGCGACAGCGGUCUACUUCACCCCCACCUGGCGGGGAGGCGCCGCGCAAGCAGAAACGACCUGGCCAGCGGGCUCGCAUUUCUGAGGCAGAGCGGGAGCAAAUUCGACAGAGGGCCCUCGAACGCGAGCGAACCCUUGCCGCACAGCAGCAACAUCUAGAAGCGCAAUCAGGAGCGCCUCCGCUGGCGGACCCGAGAGACCCGAGGGACCUGCGGAGCCCGUCGGGGCCACCGCCGCUGGCAGGACGUUCGGUCAUCAACGACGUAGUGCGGGCGCACUACAACGCGGUGCCGGAGCGAGGGCGCGACUGGCGCAAGACGGACAGCCGCAUCAAGGGCCUGCGCUCCUUCAACAACUGGGUUAAGAGCUGCAUCAUCCAGAAAUUCUCCCCCGAUGAGGACCACGUGCCAGGCGCCCGUGAGCGCGGCAUGAGCUCUGGCAAUAAGCUGCUAGUGCUCGACAUUGGCUGCGGCAAGGGAGGCGAUCUGUACAAAUGGCAGCAGGCGCCGCAGGCCGUUGAGUUGUAUGUUGGACUGGACCCGGCUGAUGUGUCCAUUGACCAGGCACGGGAGCGAUAUCGCAGCAUGGCAAACCGCGGCGGAGGAGGUGGGCGGGGAGGGCGCGGUGGUGACAGAGGCCGACGACCGCCGAGCAUCUUUGACGCGCGCUUCCACGCCAAGGACUGCUUUGCUGAAUCACUGGGGGACGUGGAGAUUGUGCGGCAAGUUGGCUUUGGGACCUCUAAUAUCAGCAGCAGCCGCGGCUUCGACGUGGUCAGCAUGAUGUUCUGCAUGCACUACGCGUUCGAGAGCGAGGAGAAAGCGCGCCAGAUGCUCAAGAACGUCGCCGGCGCGCUGAAGAAGGGCGGCCGCUUCCUUGGGUGCAUCCCCAACUCUGACGUCAUUGGCUCCCGUGUUGAGGCAUUCAACCAGGGGCUUGCAAAGCAGAAAAAGUCUAAGGCGGCUGAGACCUCUUCCGACGGUGCUGAUCCUGAAACCAAAGCUGAGGCCGAAGAUGGGGAAGUGUCAGACGAGAAAGAAGACGGCGAGGCCGACGAGGAGGAGCCAACGGCCGAGUGGGGCAACGAUAUCUACCGCGUGCGGUUCCCCGGAAAGACGCCCGAGGACGGCAUCUUCCGACCGCCGUUUGGGUGGAAAUACAACUUCUUCCUGCACGAGGCCGUCGAAGAGGUGCCCGAGUACGUGGUCCCAUGGGAGGCGUUCCGCGCCCUGGCCGAGGACUACAACCUCGAGCUGCAGUACCACAAGACGUUUGACGACGUGUGGGAGACGGAGAAGGAUGACCCCGAUCUCGGCCCCCUCAGCGAGCGCAUGGGAGUGCGCGAGCGCCGCGGCGGCGCCCUGCUCGUCUCUCCCGAGGAGAUGGAGGCUGCUAGCUUCUACGUUGCCUUUUGCUUCUACAGGGUAUAA